AUGCUCCUUUCAGGGGACCAAGUCCCGUCUUCUCGGCUGCCCGACGCCCCUCCCGCGACUGAAUCUAGCAUGGCACCGAUAUCCGAGGCUUUGACCGUCAUCAUCACGACGUCGCCAACGCCCUCCGCCCCGUCCACGGAGUUGCUGUACACAAUCCUGGCCUCAUUCCAUCAACACUGUCCCCUGUUGUUGGAGUGCAAUGUUGUCGUCGUCUUGGAUACCUACGAUAGGAUUGCGCCGGAGAAUCGGCUGAAGAAGGGGUCUGUUACGGCGGAGUGUGCCCAGAACUUCCCAGCGUACAAGGGCAACGUCCAGAGGCUUGUGUUGCGGGAGUUCGCUGGGGUCAAGUCAUCGGAGAACCUGUCCUUGCUCGAGGAGGAAGGUGAGGCGGAGUAUGGGUCGCCGUGCAUAGCGACCAACUUCACUGCGCUGAAGAUUCGAAGAACCGAGGAUAAGCGUGUGGUUUUUAUCGAGCCUUCGCAGCGCCUUGGCUUCGGGUUGGCAGUGCGUUCGGCGCUGAGGCUGGUCGAGACUCCGUACGUAUGGGUGCAGCAGCAUGACUGGAACUUGAUCACCAACAUUCCAGUCCAAUCGAUCGUAGAGGUCAUGGUACAGAGUGACUCCAGUGAGGAAGCUCCCGUAAAAUACGUCUGCCUUCCUUCUCCUAGGAUGCUGUGUUACGCGGACUCUGGAGACGUCAACCCGUUCGCCAGCCUGAGGGAGUCGACUGCAGCCCUCAAGCGAGACUUCUUCGUGGCAUCAAGCUCGCACACAAUUCCCCUGACGCCACUCUUCUUCUGGCACGACAAGACUCAUAUCGCUUCCACCGAGCACUACCUCAAUCGGGUGUUUCCUUCCCGCCUGGCGAUGACACGAGGGGCGUUCAUCGAGGACCACAUUGGACAGCGGGCGCGCAACCAGAUGAAGGAAGGCUUAUUCAAGAAGUGGGCUUGCUGGCUUUACUACCCCGACGGCGGAAAUUUACAGCUGCUAGAGAGCGUCAUUCUCUGCGUCCGAAGCGAGUGGUUCAAGAAGGCGUUGAACGGACGGUUCAAGGAGGCCAAAGAAGGCAUCGUCAACAUCAAGGAGUUCAAGGAGAACGAGGUCGAAUGCCUGCUGCGAUACAUCUACACAGGCAGUAUCAAUGUCAGCAAAAACUUCACUGCUCCGGUUGGCCUCUACGCAAGUAUGUCGAUCUGGAAAAUGGGCGAUUUCUUCCGCCUUCAAGAUCUUUGCAAGCUCGCUCUUGAUGAGACGGAUGAGACGUUCCGCAGAGUGAGUUGGACUUUUGCGGCCAAGAACAGCACGGAAUCCGCGGAGCAGUCUGCAACUGGCAACAUCGUCAAACUCGUCCGCGCACUGUACAACCAGGGACGAAACGACGUUCGCGACGCAUUCAAACCCACCAUUCUGGCCUUCCUCAUCUCCGGCAUUCACAUCUUGGAGAAGAACAAGACAUUCAAGGACUUACUUUACGAGAUACCGGCGUUUGCCUUGGAUUGGGCAAUGACACUUACAGACCACAUGCCCUCCAUCAAUGCGCCAGAGCGCUCAGAGAAAUGCGCCAAGUGCAUGAGGUCGAUGUUGCCUCGUCCGAGAACCAUGUCUGUCAAGUGCGCCAAAUGGAUCAAAGAGCAGAAGGUCGAGGAUUUCUGUAGCACAUGCUACCCCCUUCAACAACUGGAGAAUUGGAUUGGCGGGGACGGAGGAACUUCUUAG